UUUUAAUGGAGUUUUUGUGAUUCUAACCUCCGGCCUAAGUUGGUCUUUGUAUAAAAUUGCGAUUUUUCUUCAAAUUUCUUGAGGCAAAAGCAUAGAAAAUGGCCUUCAAUUUUCCAGCUUUCUCCUACAUAAUCGCCCUCAUUGUCGACGCCUUCUUAAUAUUUUUCUCGUUGUUUCACGUUAUUGCCUUCGACGAGCUAAAAACCGAUUACAAAAAUCCAAUUGAUCAAUGCAAUAGUUUGAAUCCGCUGGUUCUACCUGAAUAUUUACUGCAUAUAUUGUUCAACGUGCUCUUCGCUGCCUCCGGAGAAUGGUUCUCGCUGUGCUUAAAUGUCCCCCUUAUAGCGUAUCACAUCAACAGGUAUCGAACGAGACCUGUAAUGUCCGGAUACGGAAUUUACGAUCCCACUAGCAUAAUGAAUGCGGACGUACUUACGAGGUGCCAACGGGAAGGGUGGAUUAAGCUAGCUUUUUACCUUCUUAGUUUUUUCUAUUAUCUCUAUGGGUACGUCAUAGCUUUAGAAAACGAUCAUAUCGAGCAUACGUGAAAUUAGAAAAUCAUCCAUACGAUGACACCAGUGACGUUGUUUCGAAUGAAUGAUUUUCUAGUUCUUGUACAUUUAUUUUCGGUGCAUCAUCUAUUUAUUUUACUUGCUGUACAUAUUUUAGGGAAGGAUUUUAUAAAUAAACUUGAAGUUAUAUUUAUUAGGAUAAGUAGGUUAAUCGUUUGGAGAUGAUUAACGAAUUUCCCGAUUAUUCGUUUUUUAUUGAAGCUUUAUUAACUCUACGUCAUCACAUUUUCAGAAUAAUUUAUUAUUUACGACUGAUUUUCAUUAAAAUGUAUCAGUAUUUUAAAAUUUAAUGGGUACAUUAAACAAUGGUCUCUCUUUAAACAUUACAUAAUUGUGCAAUUAAAUGUUUUAUUGUUUACUUAACGUAAGUGAAUUCGUAACUUACUGAAUAAUAUAAAGGUAUCUCUGAAAGAGAUAAGGUUUCAUCUAUCUUACAGGGUUCACACAAUACAAUCAUAAUCACUCUAAUUGAAAAUGUUUUAAUCUGGGGAGUAAACAGAUAUGAUGUAUUAAAUGGAAUCAAAAUUUAUAUUUUUUAGUUUAAAAUAACAAAUAAUAUACUAAUAUUAAUUGCAUUUCAAACGAUUGUUUUUGAUGUAUCUUUUUACUUCCCUGAGGAGCUUUUGUACAGAACCGAAAUCCCUAACGUUUUCCCUAUUUGUUCCAGAAUGAUAUAUGUGUUAAUAUCCAAUUGAAUCGCGACGACUGCCGACCGUUCGUCAAGAUAAUAAAACUCAUUAGUUCGUUAGCAACAAAUAUAAAGACAGUCGGGAAUUCGGUUCUCUAUUAUGCAAUGCUUUUUGUCUGGUGAUGAGAUUCUUUGAAGAUAGAAAUGCAUAAUUAGCAGAACUGACUUACCCACACGCAGGUACGCCGCAAUUUUUUCUUUCUUUUCUUUUGUUACUUUUUUUGUAAAUUGUGCAAAACCUCCAUGUUGGUUUGGCGCAAAAAUGUUCAUUGCAAGGUGUUUUUUAUGUAGAAUUGAUUCGUUUGUACUGAUUGCUAAUAAAACAACAUUUUAGUUUAAUGCAGUUUUUUUUUGAAUCGGCCAUCGACAAAUAAACAAACAAUUUACGCUCACAAUUUACUUUAUUAUAACAAAAUUAGUAUUUGUAAUAUGUGUAAACAUCUAAAAAACUGACCUGUUUACGUACAGAGAUUAUUGUAUAAUUUAACCAUAUAAAAUACAUAGAAAUAUUUGAAAAAAUAAUAUAUAUUCGUUUUAUAUACAAUACAAUUCAAAAAAACUGCAAAAUAAAAAGCUAAAAUAUUUGUUUUUAGUAUGUGAAAUAAUCUUAGUCUAAUAUACAGACUUUUUUAAACAUGUUAACAAAAUGAAAAGCAAAAUUAAUUUGUACAGCUAUUGAGUUAUUUGGUUAACUUUGGAAUGAUUAGUAAAAAACAGUUAUUCAGGAACUAAAUAUUAAUAAUUUCAUUUGAUUUAAUUUCCUUAUUUUGUUAAUUCACAGUUUCUUAAUAUGGGCCAUUAGAAAACUAACUUGUAACUAAACUGUAAUAAAAUCCUGAAUAUUCCUGUUUUUGAAAUUCAAUAUUAUUUACCAUAAUGUACUUACAAAUAAAAAUAUUAAUUAAUACUAUUUCAUUUAUAGAUAUAUCAAAUUAUACAGGGUGUUUCUAAAUAAUUUUAGAUGGAAAAAGUCAGACAGCUUCAGUUACAUAGUAAAAAAUCGUGGAAAGUUUGUAUCAAAAAUCAGACUAUUCUUAAGAAACACCCAAUAUACUUCAGGUACUAAUUAAUUAAUGUUUUAGACUAUUACGUAAUUAAAUCAUGAAAAUAUUCUGCAAUUGUUAUUACAGCUCAAAAUUGUCAAUUUUUGCUCCAUCUCGAUCUUAAAGAAAAAAUAGCCUAAAACCUUAAAUAACAAUUUAAUAGGAGAUAUAUUGAUAAUUUUGUUCAUAUUCAUAAAAGAGUCUAAAUAUGGACAGUUUUUUGUUGAGAUCAGAAUUACUUUUUACCCAUAUAAUUCAAAUGGGUAUAAAAAAUGCAAUAAACAAUAAUUGGCAUCAUAACUGAUACAAACGAGAUCAGAGUAAUCCUUAUCAGUUAAUCAUUUUGUAACAUAAAAAUUUAUGAGCAUCUCUUCCUUUUAUACUUAAAUAAACGAUAUAAAUUAAUAAAGAGUAAAUAAUUUUAAAAUAGGAAUGAAGAGUUAAUACAAAAUAUGUGCAUAUAGGAAUAUUAAACUUCUAGAUAAAUAAGGCAAGACAAAAGCAAAGUAUAAUCUUAUCAAAAAAAACUCAAGAUCCUAGAGGCUGAAAAAUAAAUCACAUUAUUAAUAUAUACAAAAUAAACAUUCAAAUUAAAUAAUACCUGUAAGGAUAAAUUAAUUCCCUAACUUCUCGAGCAACCACUCUUCAGUAAGAUCUUCCAAUUCCCUGAUCUCAUAGGCCCUCGUCAACUCGGCUUCUUUUUGCAAAGCUAUCUUUGAUCCGGCGUACAUCAUUUGCAGCUCGGCAUGGCUAUCUCUCGGUGUGAAAAAAAUGAAACACAAAGGAAAAGAUACCCUCCCGUCUUUAUGCGCUUGCCUGUAAGAGAGCACAACAUACCUGGGCUGGUGGCUGGGCAAAGACUCUUGCAGUUGAUCUACAGAAAUAUCCUCAAAUUUCUCAUCGACUAUUAUUUCUUGUUUUUCGCGAUCAACUUUUA